UUCCUUGAUGGAUCCCAGCUCCUUGUUUUUAGAGGCUGGAGUCUGUAGUAACGACCCUGAGGACCCUUUGUAUGGACUCGAGGGGAUGUAUAAGAAGGUGAUGGAGCUGAAGAGUGAGUUAAACAUAAACACCUCCUACAUGGCAGUCAGAGAGGAACCGGGAGAACACUUCUCUCAGAACCAGAAAGGCUAUAGAUACCUCAGGAGGAAACAUAAGAAAGUUGCUCAGGCACACAAAAACAUGAAGGUGCACUACAGCAGGAUGGAGAGAAAGUACAAUGAGUUACUAAAGGAGCGUGAGCAAGAGAAGCUCUGUCUGGCUCAAGCGAUGGAGUCCAGGGCUAGGAUAGAGAAUGAGAACAUUGACCUCCUCUCUCAGAUGAGUACACUGCGGUGCUCCAUGCAUCAACUAAAGCAAGAAUUAACUGAAGCACAGAGGAUAUUUGCUGGAAAAAAUAAGCAGGUGCAAGACUUGGGAGCUGAAACUUUUAAAACUUUGGAGCUCGGUCCAAAUUUAACGCACAAUGAAGAGAUACUUGUAACGUCUCUGACUGAAAUUCAGUCUAAGCUCAGGAACGUGACAAAGAUCAAUUUUAUGUUGGACCAAGAGAGAGUUAACCUGUGUGACCAAGUGUGUGUACUGCGACACUCAGUGAAGGAGCUGGAGGAAAUGCUCUCUGAUUCUGAGAGGAAGUAUGACGCUGUAAAGCAGGAGAACGAACAACUAAUGCAGGUUCACAAUAUUCUGAAGAUGAGGUACAAAAGGAUGCUGGAGUCUGUAACACAGUGCAAUACGUUCCUAAUGAACUAUUACAAAGAGGACGAAGUGGUUCUUCUCUAAUGCCACUGUGGGCAGUAUCCAGGAGUAACUCUGUGCCUCUCGUCCUUGCGAGUGAAAAAUAAUGACAGAGUGAAAUGCCGACAGUCACAGAGGACAAAGAAAGAAAGAAAAUAAUGAAUGUUAUUGAAUCAGCUUGAUUUUUACUCCAAAGACGUUUUUUCUCAAAUCCAUUUUCAUGGCCCCAUUCUUACUUUCUUGACAAUACUUUAUUAACAUUAAAAGUGAAAGUGAAAAAGUGAAAGUGCCGUGACAUACAGCUAAGUACGGUGACCCAUACUCAGAAUUCGUUCUCUGCAUUUAACCCAUCCAAAGUGCACACACACAGCAGUGAACACACACACCCGGAGAAGUGGGCAGCCAUUUAUGCUGUGGCGCCCGGGGAGCAGUUGGGGGGGCCCUGAGACUCGAACCCCACAACCUUCGCGUUACGAGUCAGACUCUCUAACCAUUAGGACAUAGGGCAGUUUAGAU